UAUAAUGACUUUUGAUUUGAGUCGAGAAAAUUAAAAAAGAAAAAAGGGAAAGCGACGAGGAGAAGAAGGAAGAAGAAGACGAAAUGAAGAAGGGUGGAUUCAGCAAUAAUCUCAAGCUCUCAAUCCCUCCUGCUGGCGAGCAAUCCAUCACCAAAUUCUUGACGCAGAGCGGUACGUUCAAGGAUGGAGAUCUGCGAGUCAACAAAGACGGAGUUCGAAUCGUCUCUCAGUCUGAGCCUGAAGCUCUGUCUCCGAUUAAGCCAGCGGAUGAUGAGUUGAGCUUAUCCGAUUUGGACAUGGUUAAAGUCAUUGGUAAAGGAAGCAGCGGUGUUGUGCAGCUUGUUCAACACAAAUGGACUGGUCAAUUCUUCGCCUUAAAGGUCAUUCAACUAAACGUCGAUGAAGCGAUUCGCAAGUCAAUUGCACAAGAGCUUAAAAUAAACCAGUCGUCACAAUGUCCGUACCUUGUUACCUCGUACCAAUCGUUUUACGAUAAUGGCGCAAUCUCGCUGAUUUUGGAGUACAUGGACGGUGGAUCUCUAGAAGACUUUCUCAAAUCAGUCAAAACCAUCCCUGAGUCCUAUCUUUCUACCAUCUUUAAGCAAGUGCUUCAGGGACUGAUCUAUCUUCAUCAUGACAAGCACAUCAUCCACCGUGACUUGAAACCAUCGAAUCUGUUGGUCAACCACAGAGGAGAGGUCAAGAUCACUGACUUCGGUGUGAGUACCGUUAUGACUAACACCGCGGGUUUAGCAAACACCUUUGUCGGGACUUACAACUAUAUGUCUCCAGAGAGGAUCGUUGGGAACAAGUACGGUAACAAAAGCGAUAUAUGGAGCUUGGGAUUAGUAGUGCUUGAAUGUGCAACAGGGAAGUUCCCAUAUUUGCCACCAGAUGAAGAGGAAACAUGGAGCAGUGUUUUCGAGUUGAUGGAAGCAAUCGUGGACCAACCACCACCAACUCUUCCUUCAGAAAGCUUCUCCCCUGAGUUAUCUUCAUUCAUCUCCACUUGUUUGCAAAAGGACCCAAACAGUCGAAGCUCUGCUAGGGAACUAAUGGAACAUCCUUUCGUGAAGAAAUACGACAACAACUCGGAGAUCAACCUCGCGUCAUACUUUACAAAUGCAGGGUCUCCGCUUGCAACGCUUAAGAAUCUGUCUGGUACAUUCUCCGUUUAAGCUCUCCAGGGAGACAAAUAGUAUCUUCAUCAUCUGGUGGUUACUGUUAUCUUCUGAGGUUUCUUUGUCUUUAACUUCCAGUUAAAAAAAUGAUCUUAAUCAUCUACUAUAUAUAUAUAUAUAUAUAUUUGUAUUGUUGCUGUAUUUUGAUAAUAUGAGCUACAUGAGAGUCCUUAUUCAGUUUUAUUUUUUUAUUUUCCACUUGGAGCUCUCAUAAGUGAGAUACUUUGGAUUGGAAUGUUAUGUUGAAAAAGAAGAUUCAUUAUUUUAUUA